AUGCGCUCCUAUCGAUACCAGUCACUACAGCACGACGACUCGAUACGUCUCCUUGUCUUGCAUCCAAGUCUGGAUGGUACGGAUGCAGGUCCUAUCAGAUGUACGAUUCAACAUGCGCAACUCUCCGACGAGUCUCUCGAAUACGAAGCAGUGUCCUACACUUGGGGCAGCGCCGUUCAGACGCAGACCAUCUGCUUCCAACACGAUACAACAAAACUAUGUGUUGGCCAAAAUUGUUACAAUGCUCUCUGGCGCUUACGGCGCACACGUGGAGAUCGCUUGCUAUGGAUCGACGCUAUCUGCAUCAAUCAGGAUGAUGUUCAAGAACGAGCCAGCCAGGUUCGCAUAAUGGACAGAAUCUUCGACUACGCAUCCAAUGUCAUAGUCAUCUUGAGUGAAGCAAACACAAAUAGUAGUGCCCUGUUCGAGGAACUAGCGACAGUGGACGAAGACCUUUCACUUACAGGACGUUGCGAUCGAGAUCGACCGAGUGAUACCAUAAUUGAAUUAUUAGAAGCGUUGUUUAAAGACCCGUGGUUUGCAAGAGUUUGGGUUUUGCAGGAAGUUUGGGCCAAAACAGAUACCAGGUUUAUCUGCGGCUCCGCUAGCUUCUCAUAUCACAGUCUCCUCAAGUUGUAUUUCGGUUACAACAAGGGCAUAACCACGAGAGAACUCUGGCCUCGGGCUUUGGAAUGGAUCAAUUGGCCCCCGGAAUCUUUCUCAACAUCGCAGUACAACUUAUGGCACCGACUGUGCGCGACCAGGCAAUCGCUAGCCACUGACCCCAAGGACAAAAUCUUCGCUCUGAAGUCCCUGAUAGGCUCUAAAAAAUCUCAGAUGAAUCACCUAAUCGACUACACGCAGAGCGUAGAGGAGUGUUAUACUCACGUCGGCACCUUUUUGUUACCGGUGUUAGGGCUUCGACUGCUCACAGCUGUUCGGCACCCACAUGACAAGGAGAUGCCCUCGUGGAUUCCAGAUUGGUCUCAAGCACUCCCAUUAGGCCAAGAUUAUUUCCGAUGGGAACGGAGCGAUCCUGGCGCUUCUUAUAGUCAAAAGUACGCAAUACACUCCUUCACAAACAAGAGCCACGAAACCUUUCUAGCACUGACAGCCGAGGGUUGUCGUUACGGGUACAUCAUCGACAUAAGCCAAACAUUUUGUUUUGAUGAUUUAUAUGACGCCGAGAUGCAGAUGAAGAGACUAUUUUGCCACUUCGCCUCUCUCAGGCACUGUGUCUGCCCAGAAGGUAUGUGGAACGACCCUACUGUGUUGGCUCAUUUAGGAAACCCUAUCUCGGAUGCUAUGUCCUCAAUGAAGGGCUGUCAACUUGUAGAAUUCCUUCACCGCAAUUUUGGUCCCGAGUGGGAAGAGUGGUGA